AUGGCUCUUGUUCCUCGCCGUUUCUGUUUGACGCCCCUGGCUUCGACUUUGGAUUAUGAUUUGUUUGUGACAGACAGUCUAGUUGAUCUUUAUUGCAAGUGUGGGGACAUUGACUCUACUGUUAUGGCAUUCAGGGUAAGUCCUUACAGAAACAUAGUAUAUUGGAUUUCUCUGCUAUCUAGAUUUGUUCAUAAUGGGAAGCAUGCAGAAGCAUUGGCAUUGUUUUCUUUCAUUGUUGAUAUUGUUGAGGUCACUUUAGCGAACCUGCUUGCCACGUGCAAGGUCUCGGGAAAUCUACAUCAACGUACAUCGAUUCACGCUAGAGUAAUUCAUGGAUAUUCACAGUCGAAUAAUUUGGCCGUGAAUUCAUUGUUUGAUGCAUACUUCACGUGCCAUGCGGAAACUACACUUGCUUUUGUGGAAGAGAACAAUAUCUCUAAUCUGGCAAAAACUUUACCCGGGGAUAUUGGUCAAUGGCAGCCUGGUGGGAGCUUGAAGAUUGUUGAUCGCAACAAGAAUAUUUUUCAACACUCACAAGUAGAAUAUGUUGCAAUGGAUAAUUUCGAGGAUGUCUAUGGUCUGGUUUCUGAUAUUGUCUCGAUAUGGGUUUAUAGGAACAGUUUUGAGGUCUUUCUUGUUGUUAUUAAUCCACCCAAACAUGCAGUGGAGCAACGGGCAGCACAAACUUUUUUUGUUGCCAAUAUUAAUCCCAACACGCAAGAAGUGGAACAAUGGGCAACACAAAUUAGUGUGACUGGGGACUUCAAUGCCCUCUGUGAAAUUGCCAAUGAAAAAUUGAAAAAUCCCGCAUGUGGCUAA